UUGCAGGCAGAAAUACUUUCGAGAAUUGUGCAAAAAAAAAAUAAAAGCAGAUGUUGAACUUUUGUGAUUUAUUUCAUGUUGUUUCGCAGAGGGUUGAAGUGCGGAAGGUUGUGCAAAAAAUAAAGAAAAAAUCUAAUAAAAUGUACAUUAUAAAAAUUAUUCUCGAAAAAUUUUUGGUGUUGGUAACUUAAUUAAAAAUUAACAAAAUCUCUAAACAAAAAUCAUAUAUAUUGAAUGGUAGUUGCUACAAAUUAAGGCUUAAGACCCUUAAAAUUCUAAAAAUACAUUCUAAAGGUGAAGGUGUUUUCUAAAACAAAACAAAACAAAAAAACUGUACAAAUCAACUAAUUUUAUAUAAAAAAAAAUAAUAAAAACAAAUAUGGUACGCAGUCGUCGCUCUAUAUCCAAAGAAGAUGCUUCAUCGGUGUUGGCCGACAGUGGCAUCUCAUUGUCUUCACCCCCCGCCAAUCGUAAACACUUUCCUCAGCUCAACGAAGACGAAGAAGAAGCCAUAUUGGGCAAACUAUGUGUGACAGAUGAUGAAGCGGAACCCGAAAUUAUCGAAGUAAAUAACAUAGAAAAAGUUGUCAUCAGUGAUAAUGAUGUAGAUGACAACGACGACGACGAGGCAGAAGAACAGUCUGAGGAUUCGGAAAAAUGUAAGGUAUAUCCCACACAGCCUGGUGCUAAAAGGGCACGUAAAACCUACAUCUGUGCCACCUGUCACAAAGAGUUUCGUGGCAAAUCGGAUUUAACACGACACACGUUUGUACACACAAACGAAAAGCCCUUUACAUGUGAGACAUGUAAUAAGAGCUAUCGCCAAGAAAUCAACUUGAAAAAUCAUAUAAUAUCGGCCCAUAAGAGGGAGAAAGAAUUUGCCUGCAAACUCUGUCCUAAAAAGUUUGCUCUUAAGGAGAGAUUACGACUGCAUAUGCGUUUGCAUACGGGAGAAAAGCCUUACGCCUGCAAGCAAUGUGAUAAACGUUUUGCCAGGGGUGGACAGUUACACCAGCACAUGGUCACCCAUCAUCAUGAUGCUCCCAAACAAUUUAAAUGUGAAAUUUGCUCGGAGCGCUUUUCAACAUCCUCCAAUUUGAAGGCCCAUGUGCAGGGUCAUGAAGAAACGCCCGAUUGUUUUUGUGAAAUAUGUAAAGAACAUUUUGCCAAUGAUGUGCUGCUAAAGGCCCAUGUCCAUAAAUUGCAUUACAAACUCAAGCAACUGGAUUGUGAUAUUUGUAAAAAACCCAUCGAAGAAAAUGAUUUGCUAAGUCAUAUGAAAACUCAUAGUAAUGUCAAGACUUAUGUUUGUGAAAUCUGCAAUUCGGUGUUUACCCAAAAGUCUCAAUUUAAUGUGCAUAUGCGUAUGCACACGGGAGAAAGGCCCUUUCAAUGCAGAAUUUGCUGUCAAACAUUUGCCCAUUCCAGCGUUCUGAAACUACACAUACGCAAACACACGGGCGAGAAACCCUUCCAUUGUUUGCUGUGCAAAGAUGAUGAAGUGGCCUUCUCACAACUGGCCCAUAUGAAAACUCAUAUGAAAAAGAUACACAAACAACUAAAACCCUACAUGUGUGAGGGCUGUAAAGCAUUCUUUAAAGUAAAAAUUGAUCUAGAAACCCACCAGCAUAAAUGUAGAAAGUAUACGACUACACCAGAAGAGCAGGAUGCCCAAUAUAAUGAAACACAAACCUUAUCACACAUACGUUUCCUGAUGGCCAUAUUGCUGAAGAAAAUCUCUUCGGAUCAAAAGCUACAACAACUGGGCUUUGAGAAACGUUUAAUUGAUAAUGUGGUUAUAGCUGCCUUAAAAUUGGCCAAUCGUAAGGCCCAUGAUGAUUCGAAAUUGUCAUGUUUGGAAAGAAUGCGCUUAAAUGUGGAAGAAUUUCUCAAUUGGAUUGUGCCCGUCAAAGUAAUGGAAAAGUUUCGCGAAGAAAACCAAACAACAGAUAAUAUUUUGGAAAAGAUAGUUUCCAUGUACAUGAAACAAAAAUAAACUAACUAUAACAAAACUCAUCUCUUACAUUUAGAGUAUAUUUUUAUACUUGUUUACAUCUUUACACAACUAACUCAUCAAUCAAAUUCAUUUUUAAUGUGCCAUACGUAAGCAUUUUAUUAUUUAAAAUUCAUUUUUACAUCCACUUUUAAUAAAGCUAGGUAUGUGCGUUUAAAUGAUUUAACAAAGAGAUAAUUGAAUUAAAAUUAAAUCAUAAACUAUGAUUUAUUGAUUAAACGCACAUAACUGCUGCUUUAUACUGAAUAAAAAGUAAAAAUAUAGCUAAAUAUAUUAACUAACAAACCAGUUGUUUGUUUUUAUUAAUAUAUUUUUGCUUUUUAUAAUUUCAUUUCUCCCUUUUAUAUUCCCUUUUUAAGAGGAAUAUAUUUACUUGCCAUUUGUUUUUAGUUUAAAUCCAAAGUGAUUUUUUUUAAUUUAGUUUCCCAAAGAAUUAACUUUAAGUUUUCCUACAUUAAAUCCAAAGAUUAUUAUAGUUUUUAAUUUUUUUAUUAAAGCAACACCCACCUUUAAUAACAAGAAAAACCAAAAACAAAUUAAAACAUUGAAAUGUUUAUUUAAAAUGAAAAUAAAUUUCAAUUUCAGUUCAAUGAAUUUUAUGUGAAUUUUUUAAAAAAAAAACGUUUAAGUUUCUUGCCACUAUACUUUUUAGUCCUCAUUUAGUCUAUAAGAAAACAUAUAAACCAAAAUACCAAAUUUAAGUUUAAUACAAAAAAUGAAAACAAAUAAAUAUAACUUAUUAUAUGUACAAUAUGAAUGUACAAUAUGAAUUUAAAAAAAAAACAAAAGAAUGAAAACUUAAUUGUAACUUAAUUUUAAUUAUUUUCAGAAUUCAAGAUACCCACAAAAAGGUUUGCAAUUCCAUUUAAAGUUUAAA